AUGUAUUUUCUCAAUGCUUUGGCCGUUCUGGUCGGCCUGAGUCUUACUCCCCUCGCUGCGUCUAUUUCGGACUCGCCCCUUUCAACAUCCGGUCGCUGGAUCGUUGAUUCAGAUGGAGCAAACGUCACCUUUGCUGGGGUAAAUUGGCCCGGCGCAGCAGAUGCGAUGCUGCCCGAGGGUCUUCAGUACCAGUCCAUCGCGUAUAUUGUUGGCAAGGUGAAGGAGCUGGGGAUGAACUCAAUUCGACUGACAUUUGCGAUCGAAAUGAUCGAUGACAUCUAUGAACAGGGCGGCGACGUGCCUAUCAAAACUUCCCUUAUCAACGCUCUUGGUGAGGAGAAUGGGACUUCCGUGUAUCAGGAUAUUGUCAGCCACAAUGAUCAGUUUGGGGAGGAUACUACUAGGCUGGAUGUCUUUGAUGCCGUCGCUAAAGAGUGCUACGACCAGGGUGUCUACGUCCACCUUGACAACCACGUCUCCAAGGCCAAGUGGUGUUGUUCCACUGAUGAUGGAAACUCUUGGUUUGGCGACGAGUUCUUCAACGUGACCAGCUGGCAUAGGGGAUGGAAGUACAUGGCUGAUCACGUCAAAGACCUUCCCGCCGUUAAAAGCGUCGGAAUGCGCAACGAGUUCCGUCAGCCCGAUGAUGAAUCUACAAGCGAAGAGUAUACAUGGACUGUCUGGUAUAAGAACAUGGUUGAGAAUGCCAAACAGAUCUACGAGGCGAAUCCCGAUCUCCUGAUAUUUUUCUCCGGUUUGAACUUCGACACGACCUUGACUCCUAUCCCUACUGGGGAGGACCUCGGCGACGGUACUAAGUUCAGUAAGGAUGAUUUUGCCUUCGCUGAUAAGAUCGUGCUUGAGCUUCACAACUACGCCAGUGACACUGGGAGCUGUGACAGUUUGAAGUCAAGCCUCUACGGCAGUGGCUACAAUGCGUUAGACACGCAGAACUCGAGUAUUGUGAAUGUUCUGCCGGUGCUAUUGACCGAAUUUGGAUUCUCUCAGGAUGACGAUUCUUAUAACACUGUUUAUGCUUCCUGCCUGAAGGAAUAUUUGCCCGAAGUUCAAUCGGGAUGGAUGGUUUGGGAGCUAGGCGGAAGCUAUUACAUUCGUGAGGGAGUGCAAGAUUUUGAUGAAUCUUGGGGGCUUCUUGAUCAUACCUGGUCUGACUGGAGAUCCUCCGAUGCGAUCAACAAAGGAAUGAUUCCUAUGGUUGAAGCGACUUUGCGAAGUGGGUAG